CCAGCCGGUUGUCAAUCAAAAACUCAUUUCCACCGUCAAAAGACCUCCGAAAAAGAAACACAAAAUCUCUCAACGAAACUAAUUUCCGACGGCUCAAAUGCAAAGCCUGAGGCAUCUUAAUCGGAGGAGUUACAAAAAUACUAUCUAAAAUAUCUGGUCCGCACGCCUUUGUAGCCAGGGAAAACGAGAAAACCCAGUAGUUGACGCUUAUGGCUGCAAUUCUCUGCACAAGAAGAAUAAUGUUUGUUUCGAGGGUUUGUUUUGUUUAAUGAUUUUCCCGGAAUUUCAAGGGAGCAAAAAGCUCGCUCUUUUUUUAUGAAAUGCAGUCCCCGAGAGAAUGAGAGAAAGAUCGAAGCUUGAUUGAAAGUCAAAAAGAUUUGAGAAAUUCAGCAGCAGAAAGAGGCAGGAUCACAUCUUCUCUCGUUUCUUCUUCAACGGCAACGACCACCACCGUCGGCGUCCGCCAUGGAAGUGGGUAUGCAAGUGCAGGGCCCGUUCACUUCAUGCAGAGCUUUGUUUCGCGAGAGAACCCGCUUCAAGAUCAGACCUUUUUCUUCUGGGUCUUUCCCUAAUGGAGCAGCCACUCGUCUCGUUAGUCUUGCAGCUUGGUGCAAUGAGUUUCCAUCAUCAUCAUCUGGGUUCUCGUUGAAAAUUACUUCCAGUGGAGACUUUCCUAAAAAAAGACCCAGAAAGUUGUCGAAUGGAAGGGCAAAAACCCCUGCACCAAAGGGAUUCGUGCCAAAGACACCUGCCGCUACAAGUAUUCCGAAAAGGCAACCAACAAAAAAGGAAGUUGAGACAAUGCAGGAUGAAUCUAAAGCCAGCAAAGAGUUGUCUAUUGAUGAAACAAGUACGGUAGUGGAAAAUGGAAGUGUUGGUAGCAUAGAGAACAUUGAGACCACUGCCGAAGAGGAAAAUAAUAGAAUGAGCGCCACAAGCACUCCGAAAAGGCAACCACCAAUAAAUGAAGUUGAGACAAUGCAGGAUGAAUCGAAAGCCAACAAAAAGUUGACUAUUGAUGAAACAAGUACAGUAGCGGAAAAUGGAAGUGUUGGUAGCAUUGAAAGCAUUGAGAGUACUGCCGAAGAGGAAAAUAAUAGCAUGAGCGCCAAAAGCACUCCGAAAAGGCAACCACCAAAAAAGAAAUUUAAGACAAUGCAGGAUGAAUCUAAAGGCAGCAAAGAGUUGACUAUUGACGAAACAAGUACAGUAGCCGAAAAUGGAAGUGUUGGUAGCAUCGAGAGCAUUGAGGCUACUGCCGAAGAGGAAAACUAUAGCAUGAGCGCCACAAGCACUCCGAAAAGGCAACCACCAAAAAAGAAAUUUGAGACAAUGCAGGAUGAAUCUAAAGGCAGCAAAGAGUUGACUAUUGACGAAACAAGUACAGUAGCCGAAAAUGGAAGUGUUGGUAGCAUCGAGAGCAUUGAGGCUACUGCCGGAGAGGAAAAUUAUAGCAUGAGCGCCACAAGCACUCCGAAAAGGCAACCACCAAAAAAGGAGUUUCAGACAAUGCAGGAUGAAUCUAAAGCCAGCAAAGAGUUGACUAUUGAUGAAACAAGUCCAGUAGUGGAAAAAGGAAGUGUUGGUAGCACUGAGAGCAUUGAGACUACUAUCAAAGAGGAAAAUAAUAUCAUGAGCGCCCUAAGCACUCCGAAAGGGCAACCACCUAAGAAGGAAGUUGAGACAAUGCAGGAUGGAUUUAAAGCCAACAAAGAGUUGACUAUUGAUGAAACAAGUUCAGUAGAAGAAAAUGGAAGUGUUGGUAGCAUUGAGACUGCUUACGAAAAGGAAAAUAAUAUCACAAGUGACUCGGCGAAGGAAGAAGCUUUCCUUGCAUUGAAAUUGGAAAGUGAAGAGAACUUACGGAGGCAAGAAGUUGAUAAGCUUGCUGAUAGGAGCUUAUCAGAGGGCGUCAAAAUGUUUUUUUAUCCACAGGUGGUUAAACCUGAUCAAGAAGUGGAGGUCUUCCUAAACAAGAGAUUAUCAACUCUGGUUAAUCAGCCUGAAGUUUUAAUCAUGGGAGCUUUUAAUGACUGGAAAUGGAAGUCUUUUACUGUCAGGUUGAGUAAAACCGAUCUGAGAGAGGAUUGGUGGUCUUGCCGCAUUCGUGUUCCUAAAGAAGCGUAUAAGAUGGACUUCGUAUUCUUCAAUGGAAAAGAUAUGUACGAGAACAACAACAAGAAGGAUUUUUAUGUGCUAGUGGAAGGUGGGAUGGAUGAGUUUGAAUUUGAGGAUUUUUUGCUCGAGGAAAAACGGAGGGAGCUAGAGAGACUUGCUGAGGAGAAAGCGGAGAGGGAUAGACAGGCUGAAGAAGAACGCCUAAUAGAAGCAGAGAAGGCUGCAAGGGAAGCUGAUAGAGCUCAGGCAAAGGCAGAAGUUGAAAAGAGGCGUGAAUUGUUGCAAAAAAUGACGGAAAAGGCUGUAAAAUCAGUUGAGAAUGUCUGGUUCAUGGAGCCCAGAGAGUUUCAAGGAGAGGGUAUGGUGAGAUUGUACUAUAACAAAAGCUCGGGUCCACUUGCUCAUUCCAAGGACCUCUGGAUACAUGGUGGCCAUAACAACUGGAGCGAUGGAUUAGCCAUUGUCCAAAAGCUUGUCGACUUUGAGAGAAAGGAUGGUGAAUGGUGGUAUGCUAAUGUUGUUGUUCCUGAAGGAGCCCUUGUCUUAGACUGGGUCUUUGCUGAUGGUCCACCACAAAGUGCUGCUAUGUAUGAUAAUAACCGUUCCCAAGAUUUCCAUGCAAUUCUUCCGAACAGUAUUCCUGAAGACUUGUAUUGGGUAGAGGAAGAGGACAAUAUAUAUAAGAAGCUACAGGAAGACAGGAGAUUAAGAGAGGAAGCUCUACGUGUCAAGGCUGAGAAAACACAACGCAUGAAAGCUGAAAUGAAGGAAAGAACUCUGAAGAAGUUUCUCCUGUCUCAGAAGCACAUAUUUUAUACGGAACCAGUCAAUGUUCAGGCUGGAAGCACCGUUACGAUUUUUUACAAUCCUGCAAACACGGUACUUAAUGGUAAAUCUGAAGUUUGGUUCAGAGGUUCGUUUAAUCGCUGGACCCACCGCAAGGGCCCAUUGCCACCUCAGAAAAUGUUGCCUGCUGAAGAUGGUUCUCAUGUCAAAACCACUGUGAAGGUUCCACUGGAUGCAUACAUGAUAGAUUUUGUGUUCUCAGAGAAGGAAGAUGGUGGAAUAUUUGACAACAGAGAUAGCAUGGAUUACCAUAUCCCUGUAAUUGGAGGAAUUGCAAAGGAGCCGCCGUUGAAUAUUGUGCAUAUUGCCGUUGAAAUGGCUCCUAUUGCAAAGGUUGGAGGACUUGGUGAUGUGCUGACUAGUCUGUCUCGUGCUGUUCAAGAGUUAAACCACAAUGUGGACAUCAUUCUCCCAAAGUACGACUGCUUGAAACUUAAUCAUGUGCAAGACCUUCAGUAUAACCGAAGCUAUUCAUGGGGAGGUACUGAAAUAAAAGUCUGGCUCGGGAAAGUGGAAGGCCUGUCUGUCUACUUUUUGGAGCCUCAGAACGGUAUGUUUUGGGCAGGGUGUAUAUAUGGCUGCCGAAAUGAUGGAGAGAGAUUUGGUUUCUUUUGCCAUGCAGCUCUUGAGUUCUUGCAUCAAAGUGGAUCUCAUCCUGAUAUUAUCCACUGUCAUGAUUGGUCUAGUGCUCCAGUUGCAUGGUUGUUCAAGAACCAUUACGUGCACUAUGGUCUGAGCAAAGCUCGAAUUGUAUUUACUAUUCACAACCUUGAAUUUGGGGCGCAAAACAUUAGCAAAGCAAUGGCCUUCUCGGACAAGGCUACAACUGUAUCCCCUACAUAUGCAAAGGAGGUUGCAGGGAACGGUGCAAUUGCUCCUCAUCUAUACAAGUUCCAUGGUAUACUAAAUGGAAUCGACCCAGAUAUAUGGGACCCUUACAAUGAUCAGUUCCUUCCUGUACAUUACACUUCUGAGAAUGUCGUCGAAGGCAAAAGAGCAGCCAAGGAAGCUCUGCAAGAGAGGCUUGGUCUGAAAAAGGCUGAUUUCCCUCUAGUCGGCAUCAUUACCCGUUUAACACAGCAGAAAGGAAUCCAUCUCAUCAAGCAUGCCAUUUGGCGCACCUUAGAACGAAAUGGACAGGUUGUGUUACUUGGGUCAGCUCCAGAUCCACGGAUACAGAACGAUUUUGUAAAUCUCGCCAAUCAACUGCAUUCGACCCAUGGAACCCGUGCCCGCCUUUGUUUGACCUACGAUGAGCCACUCUCACACUUGAUCUAUGCUGGAGCGGAUUUCAUCUUGGUUCCGUCAAUAUUCGAGCCAUGUGGGCUGACACAGCUCACAGCCAUGAGAUACGGCUCAGUACCUGUUGUCCGAAAGACCGGAGGCCUCUACGACACUGUGUUCGACGUUGACCAUGAUAAAGAAAGAGCACAAGCACAAGGGAUCGAACCGAAUGGGUUCAGCUUUGAAGGAGCUGAUGCUUCUGGGGUUGACUAUGCACUAAACAGGGCGAUAUCUGCUUGGUACGAUGGCCGAGACUGGUUUAACUCGUUAUGUAAAACCGUGAUGGAGCAAGACUGGUCGUGGAAUAAGCCCGCUCUAGACUACAUGGAGCUUUACCACUCUGCCCGGAAGUGAGAAAAACCAGUCAAGUAGCCUAGUUAUGUACAGGGUUAGUCUAUCGAUACGUUCUUCGGAUCACCUACUCAUCUGCAAUUCUUCUGCACAUAAAAUUUAUCCCUCUAGGAUCUUGAAUAAUGCUUUUUUGUUGAAAGCUGCCCAAAUUGGGAGAGAAAAAGGUGGCAACUUGUUGCCUUGCCGCACAAGUUGCUCGACUGAUCUUUUUUUGUGACAAUGAUAGUUUCCUGACUUUGCCAACUAUGUGAGGUUGAUAAGUGUUAAGUGGGGAAUGAUUAAAAGGGAAUCAACCAAUCACAGAGGUGAAGAUGAGUUGUUGCUGCUGGUUAUCAUUGAUAUGAUCCAAGUGGAUUCACCUUUUGUUGUAGUUUUCUUUGUUUUGGACGGUAGAGGUGGGUUUUUGUGAUUUGAUUUGAUUUGAUUUGAUGUUAUGGGUUGGGAAAUGGAAUGGUCGUAAGCUCGAGUUCCUACUCAGAUUCCAUGACAGCCUUGAGCUUGAUUUGACCAUGAUCAUUACUUGGGAAAGCUAUUUCCAAUGGUUCACGACGAGUUUCAGGUGGUAAUAUGAAUGUUUGGUGAGUCAUGAUUGUAACAUAAAGAAAGUUUGUGUUUGAUCUUAUAUGACGAUUGACGAGUGAGAUGAUUCUAAAU